UAUGAAAAAGCCCCCCUUUGGAAUGGCCAAGUCUUACCCAUGGUGCACUGCCAAAAGUGAAACUCAAGAAACUUCCGGGUUGCGGGGUUGUGUACGGGCAACAGGUGGGGAAAAGUUAGACCUGAGCCUUUAUUCCUGGAUCACGGUCAACGAAUUUUGAGCAGGGAAUGAGACAGUGAUGUCGGAUGUGGAAGAGGACAUUGAUCCCAACGGAAAUUUUGCAUACGAUGCAGCAGUAUGUUAUGAGGAUGACAAUGACAAUGAAGAAGAGACAGAAACUCAAGGCGUCAUUGACAAACUAGAACAGGAUGACUGGGGAUUCCUGGUCUAUGACUCUCACAGGGAUGGGGAGGGAUCACAAGUGAAACGACUCGAGAAGUCUGUAGAUGACUGUCGCCAUCUAAUCGUCUUCCUUUCACUCAAAUUGCUUGAGGCUAUCAAGAGGAACGAAGAAGCUCCCGCAGUAACCAACUUCGAAACAUUCCUAUGCAACAUCUUGCAUAACCGAGACACUCGACUGAAAAGAAAGUUGAUUGUCGUAAGGUUGGGAACGGAAUGUCAAGACUGCAACAUCCCCACCAUCUUGAAAAAUUGCAGGAUCUUGAACAUCAGAGAGAAAGGAUUCUACAGGCAGCUUUACAAAGCUGUAAGCAAACUGCCAGGUGCACAGACCAUAGAAGAAAUCCAAAUUCGGAAGAAGGUUGACCAGAUGGCCAGGGGAGGAUGCUGCACUGAAGCCGUCCUCAUGAAAGUAGCCAAAGAGCUAGGGAUACCAGGAGAUGUGUUAUGCAGCAUCAAGCAAGAAUAUGGGGGAUAUAGAGCUCAGCUGAUGGAGGUGCUGGUGGUUUGGCGAGUCCACCAUGGCCCUGAGGCAACCCUGGCCAUUGCAGAUGAUGCCAUUAGGAAGGCCACCAACACAACACCUCAGCAAGUGGAGGCUGGUCCGCAAAGCCUGGUUGGGGCAACAGCAUCAUCGGUGGAUUCAGAGGCAGUGCCUCCUGUCAUCACCCAACCAAACAGUGCAUUCUUUUCAGGAUCUGAUGUUGAUGGGGCUACAAAUCGUAUGGAAAACCUGAACAUGGCCACGCCACCUCCGACUGAUGACACAGUAGAUGAAACACUACCAUCUGUGCCAACACAUGCUAUCGAUGAGAAAAAAAAGAAAACAAGUAAGAAGGACAGGGGUCAACCACUUACAACUGAAGUCUAGAGACUCGUUUUAACAUGCAGCAUUUCGUCGCUGGUACGACUCCAAUGUUUCAAAGAUGGCACAAAGAGUCUGCAAGAUGAAAUUUUACCAGAUAUAUGUAUAUAGUAUGAUGUUUAACUCUUAAAUUUUUUAACACAUUUUAUAUAUGAAAAUGAUAUAUUCUACUCUGAAAGCAUACCCCCUGUGAUCUUUCAACAUCAAUCUUAAGUGCUCAAGUAAGAGCAGAAUUUUUAAAAAAGAUUCAAUGUCCUGCUGGCUGAGCUUUGUCUAUAUCUGACAUUAGCAAUGAAAUGAUGUAUUAGAAAUUCUGAAUCAUUGAUCAUUUGUAAAGCAAUUGUGGAACUUUGUCUGGAUACUAAAAACAUGUUACCUUACAAAUGAGAACAUCCAUAUUCUUUUUUUAAUUCCAGAAAUGAACUCCUUGAUGAACACUUGAUUUGUACAAAACUGUACUCCCUUGGUAUAGGUACCUGUGAGAUAAAUGUUUUGUAAAAAAGAAACACGAGCUGUGCUUUGUCUCUGAAUAUUUGAUGCUUUAGUAGGCCUUUCUGUGGUACAAUGUACAGUUCUUACAAAAACAAUGAGGAUGAGCUAUAAUCUCCAGGCAGAUCCUAUAGUGCUACAAGAUAGUACAUGUAUCAAAGCUGGCAAAGGAGUA